AAUGAGGGGAGGGUACUAUGGUCCCACGUGUCCUCAUCACCGCAGACCCAACGCAAUUCUGUUCAUUUUAUAUCUACCAUUUCCACAUACCGCAGAUUCGCAUACACUCAUGCAUACAUACAGCUUACACACGCACAAUCCUGUAGGAUUUAUGCAUACGUGCACUCAAAUCUCCCCAUUUGACCUAUUCUACAUAAUCUAGACUAAUUUUACAAUUCCAUUAUUGAUCGGCUCUGGCAUAGACUAUUAGGCCUAUUUGUUUUUUCAUUUAGUGAUAGAUUGGCUAUUUCAUUCAAUUGCCUGAUAUCGGUAGACUGUAUGCUACGAGCUGAAUGGGGAGAUGAGAGGACGAGCGUCAGCUGUCAACCAGAUUCAGUCGGUGUUUUUUUCUCUCUCGCCAUAAUUGUUUGUGCGUCGGUUUUCUUUUUAUCUGCGCCUGUUAGACUGUAACGCACUCGAUGUUAAUUCGGGGGAAUAUGUGAACAUCAUGCUGGCGGUGUGGUGCUUGGUCUUUGCUGCAGUGGGCGAGAGGUUUGCCGUGUCAGUUGGCAGUUAUCAGGUCUCCCGCGUUACAGGCGGCGGAAGGUCGACUUUGGUGCGGGAUGCGAGUUUGUGGGACUGGUUCUCGCCAGAGGAGCGGGGAGACAGCAGCGACAUUGCGGCCGAAGUCACCUAUCCAAAGCGGCUGGUGCAACAGUUGGAGUCGGAGGAAGAAAUGUCCCAUGGCUAUUUGGAUACCCGCGUGAAGAAUACCACGGGAGGCACCUCGCCAGUCCAUUUGGCCCAGAGUUGUUUCCAGGUGGAAACCUUCGGACACACCUUCACCCUGGACCUGGAGUUAAACCAUAACCUCCUGUCCUCAGACUAUGUGGAGCGGCACUUUCACCAAGACGGCAAACCCUCACAGUCUAAGGGAGGGGAGCACUGCUACUAUCAAGGGAGGUUGAGGGGCUUACCAGAGUCCUGGGCAGCUCUCUCCACCUGUCUUGGCCUAUGUGGUAUGUUUUCUGAUGGGAUGUUCUCUUAUGGGAUUGAGCCUCUUUUCGACGGGACCAAUCAGACUGAGGGGGCCCACCUAGUGCGUAGGAUGCCUGAUGUCAGACUAUCCCCAGACUGUCAAGACUGCACAGACGACAGUGAGGGGGAUAGAGCCAGAGGUAAUGGUGAUGAGCAGCUGAAGGAUCCCCGGGUCAGUGAGGUGCUGAGGCGCUCUAAGAGACAGCUGCCACGCAGGCCCACCGUGCAGUCAGAGACCAAAUACAUCGAGCUGAUGGUGGUCAACGACUACGAAAUGUUUGUGCAGCUCCGACGCUCCACUACCCAGGCCAGGAACUUUGCCAAAGCAGUGGUCAAUAUGGCUGAUGCAAUUUACAGGGAACAGCUGAACACACGUAUCGUGCUGGUUGCCAUGGAAACCUGGUCGUCGGCCAACAUGGUUCCCGUGGUGACAGACCCGUUGACGACGCUGCAGAACUUCAUGAAGUACAGGAAGGACAGUAUUAAGGAGCAAAGUGACGUCGUGCACCUCUUCUCGGGGCGUACAUUCCAGAGCAGUCGCAGUGGGACGGCCUACACCGGAGGGGUGUGCUCUCUCACCAGAGGAGGGGGCAUCAACGAGUAUGGGAACGUGGGUCCAAUGGCCAUCACUCUGUGCCAGAGUCUGGGUCAGAACAUUGGGAUGAGGUGGAACAACAUACGCAGCUCUGCGGGAGACUGCAGAUGUCCUGAUUCUUGGCUUGGUUGUAUCAUGGAAGACACUGGAUAUUACCUGCCCAGAAAGUUCUCUCGCUGCAGUGUUGAUGAGUACAUCCAGUUCUUGCUCCAGGGGGGCGGGAGCUGCCUCUUCAACAAGCCCAACAAGCUGUUGGACCCUCCUGAGUGUGGGAACGGCUUCGUGGAGACAGGGGAGGAGUGUGACUGUGGGUCUCAGCUGGAGUGUGCCCGUAGUGGAGGGGCGUGCUGUAAGAAGUGUACCCUGACCCAUGAUGCCAUGUGCAGUAGUGGACUGUGCUGCAGUGGGUGCAGGUAUGAGCUGAGAGGAGCGGUUUGCAGACAGGCUGUGAAUGACUGUGACAUCCCAGAGAGCUGCACAGGAGACUCCAGCCAGUGCCCUCAUAAUGUGCACAAGCUGGAUGGAUACAUGUGUGACAGUAGUCAGGGUCGUUGUUAUAGUGGUCGGUGCAGGACUCUCGAUGGCCAGUGUAAGGGACUUUGGGGCUACAAUUCAGCAGACCGCUUCUGCUAUGAGAAGCUGAAUGCAGAGGGCACAGAGAAGGGCAACUGUGGGCGGAGUCCUGAGGGCCAGGGAUGGCUGCAGUGCAACAAGCCGGACGUGCUUUGUGGUUUCCUGUUCUGUAUCAAUAUGACGGUGAAGCCAAAGUUUGGGGAUCUGGAGGGGGAAGUGACCAGCCUUACAAUAUACCACCAGAACAAGUACCUGGACUGCCGGGGGGGCCAUGUCCUGCUGGAGGACGGGUCAGACCUGGGCUACGUAGAGGAUGGUACGCCGUGCGGCCCCAACAUGAUGUGUCUGGAGCGCCACUGUCUCCCCGUGGCAGCCUUCAACCUCAGCACCUGCUCCGGCUCCACGCUGGGACGCACCUGCUCUGACCACGGGACAUGUAGUAACGAGGUGAAGUGUAUCUGUGACAGGGACUACACCGGGAAGGACUGCAGUGUCUUUGACCCCAUCCCUGACCCCACGCCGCCUGCCAACACGGAGAAGAAAGGUCCCAGUGGCACCAAUAUCAUAAUAGGGUCCAUCGCAGGUGCUAUUCUUCUGGCAGCCAUAGUCCUAGGGGGGACAGGAUGGGGAUUUAAGAAUAUCCGAAGAGGAAGAUCUGGAGGAGGAUAAGAUGUCUGUCUGUCUGUCUUUGUCUGUCUGCUCCUGUCUUUCAAUCACUCUGUGAUGUUUCCAAGUCGGAGAAGAGGGAAAAAGAACAAGUCUUCCACUCCUGUCCCAAACCUCUCCAGACCUCUUCUGUUAACGUCUCCUCUCCUGUCCACUUCCUGUCUGUCCACCUGUCUAUCUCCGGCCCCUCCUGGCCAGUGUAGCACCUCCCACAUUGCAUACCAGCCAAUUAUAUUAUCCAAUCAGGAUAAAGUCUUUGCCAUGGACAGAAUUAGAAGGUUGUUGUUGGUCCCUAGAGGGGCGUCAGGGUCUUCCUCCUUUCCAGCGACUAAGUAGUAUGAACUUCGGUGUCUGCGUACUGUAGUUCUCUUUCCUUUCGCUUACGACAGUCCAAUGAAGAACAUGUCAACAGUGGACAAAUUCAGUAUCAGACAUGUCUUUCCAAUGCUUGUCUUGAAACACACUUCUGGCCGCUGUUUGAGAAUGCUGGACUGGCCCAGACCUGCCAUCUGAAAAACUAUUUAAAUCAUAAGAUGUUGUCAAGGAAACACAGAAAAACAAACAUUGAUCAAAGACUCAAGUGGCCAUUGGAUCAGUUGAACUGCCCCUUUCAGAGAGGCCAUGUCAAGUGACUGGAUGACAACCCAGAUUCAGACAUUAUAGUUACAACAACACGGAUGUGACCCAAGAAGAAUCCUGUAUUGGACAUGUUGUGUACAGGCCAUUUCCAAAGACAGAAGAACUUAUUGUGAGAAUGACUAUGAAACAAAAGCAGUAGACCAUUCAAAACAUCAUGGACUGAUGUAGGGUUUAUGUUGAUUGUUAAUUAUUUGUCCCUGUCUGUUGAGAUGUGUUGAGAUGUAGGAAGGGGGAGUUAGACCCUAUGGUUUUGGGAUCAUAUUUAAAAUGCAGCAGAGACCGUAACUCAGUGUUUUCAACCGUAGAUCUACCAACACAACAUUCCACAUAGUGUUAGUUAACAGAGCCUGUCUGUAUGUGUCUGUAUUCUAUUCACCACCUUCUUAAGAGGCCCAAAGUGUGUAUGGUAAAGGAGGUUGAAACUGUGUGUGUGUGUGUGUGUGUGUGUGUGUGUGUGUGUGUGUGUGUGUGUGUGUGUGUGUGUGUGUG